GCUUGCUUUAUUGAAGCUUGCAUGGAUGGCUAACUGGUAUCAAAAGAUUUCUGCAACACUGCCUACAAGUUGCCAGAAGUGCACUUGUAGGAGGGACAUGGUGAAAAUAUCUAUGGAUGUCUUUGUGAGGAAGUUUCAACCAGACAGAUACCAGCUGUGGAAACAAGGCAAGGAUAUAUACACUAUUGAUCACACAAAACCAACUCCUGAAUCAACACCUGAAGUAAAUACCUGGCUACAGAGAAGAAGGAAAAUAAAGAAAUUUCCCCAGAGCUUCCCUCACACCAAAUCUCGAUCUAAAAAGCUUAAAACUCCAGAGGACAAGAGAGUAUCUGCUAUGGUAUCCGGUGCAGAAAUCAGAGCAACUGAAGCAGCUGCUGAUGGCUUCAAGGUCAGUGAAGAACCUGGGAAAAAAGUGAGGCUUGUAAACAUAGAAGUGCCUUCUGGGGGAGAAGACGACAGUAGUAGAAUGCAACUGGAUCAACAUUUGUUGGAUAAUGUCAAGGUUGCAGGAAGCAUCCAUUCAGACUCAUUUUCGAGAUCUGUUCCUGUACUAGAGAAAACAAAGAUGGAAGAUGAGAACAGGACAGAUUCCAGUCAUCCUCUUGCAUUUGAAGUUUCUGUUGCUUUCAUGCCAACUUCAGAUAGCUGUAGAGAAGAAGAGAGUUUGGCAUUUCAGAAUCAGUCUGUUUCACCCAUGCCAUGCCGUAAGUUAGGACAAGCUUCUGAAGAUGAAAACCCAGAUAAAGAGGAAAAUGGCUUGAUAGACGAUGAUGUCAGUGAUCUAGAAAGCUGUGGAAUGUUGGACCAUGGAGAAGUACCUGUUCUAAAGAAUGAUGAGAAUGAUGGCGCGGAAGCAUCCACUUCAGUGGAAGUUGAAAGAAUGAAAAUAUCUAAGAGUUGGCGUCAUCCACUAAAAAAACCCCCAACUAGAUCUCCAAUGACUUUGGUUAAACAGCAAGCAACUAUUGAUGAAGAACUGCCUGAGACUACCUUAAUUGAAGAAAAAGUUCAAGAGACAGAGAUAUGGGCCAGGCCUCUGGUCUACCUUUGGCAGACAGGGGUACCCAAUUUCAAUGCUGAAAAAGAAUACAAUGCAGCUUGUGCAAAAAAGGAACCCCGCUGUGCCAUUUGCACUCUUCUCAUGCCAUACUAUAGGCCAGACAAUCAUGAUGAAGAAAGCUCUGCUUUCAGGGAAGCAAACUCAGCAGAAACACUGAUGGCUGAAAAUGAGAAGACCAAACCUCUUAUUCCAGAGAUGUGUUUUAUUUAUAGUGAGGAAAACACUGAAAACUAUCCAUCAAAUGCCUUUAUUGAAGAAGAUGGAACAAGUCUUCUGGUUUGCUGUGCAAAGUGUUGUGUACAGGUUCAUGCAAGUUGUUAUGGUGUUCCUUCUCAUGAAAUCCGUACUGAAUGGUUAUGUUCUCGAUGCAGAAAAGAAGCCUGGACAGCCGAAUGUUGUCUCUGCAAUUUGAGAGGUGGGGCAUUAAAGCAAACUACUGACAAGAAGUGGGCACAUGUAAUAUGUGCAGUUGCCAUCCCGGAAGUCAGAUUUGGUAAUGUCACAGAACGUACUCCGAUAGACACUAGCAGAAUACCUUUGCAAAGAUUAAAAUUGAAAUGUAACUUGUGCAGACAAAGAAUUAAGAAAACCUCCGGUGCCUGCAUUCAGUGCUCAUAUGGACACUGUCCAGCCUCCUUUCAUGUUACCUGUGCCCAUGCUGCAGGAGUGCUGAUGGAACCUGAUGACUGGCCAUAUAUUGUCUAUAUCACAUGUUUCAGGCACAAGAUCAAUCAAAAUGUGAGAGCUAAAGCAUGUGAGAAAGGCAUUAGAGUUGGGCAGACAGUCAUCACGAAACACAGGAAUACAAGAUACUAUAGUUGCAGAGUCAUAAGAGUGACAUCUCAACUUUUCUAUGAAGUGAUGUUUGAUGAUGGCUCUUUCAGUCUGGAUACUUUUCCUGAAGACAUUGUAAGCAGAGAUUGCCUAAGGCUGGGCCCACCUGCAGAGGGAGAGGUUGUCCAAGUGAAAUGGCCUGAUGGAAAACUCUAUGGUGCAAAGUAUGUGGGAGCAAACACAACUUACAUGUAUCAGGUUGAGUUUGAAGAUGGCUCUCAAAUAGUAAUGAAGAGAGAGGAGAUCUAUACACUAGAUGAAGAGCUCCCUAAGAGAGUAAAAGCACGUUUCUCUACAGCCUCUGACAUGAGAUUUGAAGACACAUUUUAUGGAGCAGACAUUAUCUUGGGAGAGAAGAGGCAGAGAGUAUUGAGUUCCCGCUUUAAGAAUGAGUAUGUGGAUGAUCCGGGAUACCGCACUUUCUUAAAAAGCUCAUUCCAGAAGGAAUGCCAGAAGGGGCUAUGAAGAAAGCAAGAGAGGGAGAGGGAUGUU